GAUUCCACUUGUUAAAAACUUUUGUUAGACAUCGAAAGCGACCUGGUUUUCAGUCCAUCGUUGAAUAGACGCGAUGUAUGUUCCCUCUUUUCAUUCCAUGUUUUAUGGCGCGAUCACAAAGAGAGGCGCAAUCGCGAAGAUUCGUCCGACUCGCAUAAUUCAAUGGAACGUAAUAACCGAGCGAAUUCAAAUGAGAAACACGUCGAUGCAAGUAAGGACGGAAUGAAACAAGUUUGUAUUCAAUGUAUUAUUAUACGAUUGUUGCAGACAACGAGGAAUGCGAUUCGCUCGAGUGCGCAGCGAACGACUCGACGUACGAGAAACAGGUCGGGAAGUAUUCCACGGAAAAUCGACCGGCUGCUUCCAUCGAGAACCAGGAAGACGACGCCGCUGCCAGGACGAGAAGUUCCGAAACUCGGAACGAACCUUUCGGAUCCAAAGGCUACGUGUUUUUAACCGACUAUCGCAAUCAGUUGAAACACAGAUUGCUUUUGCAACAGCUCGAAGCAGAGGAGAAACGUUUGAAGGUAAAGAUUGCCGAGAUGGCGAUACAGGAGGUACAGUUGAGGAUAAAAGCUCUGCACGAGGACAUGCGACGCACGGAAGAGUUGCAUCGGUUGCGUUUAAAGCACGUCGCAAUCGGAAGCAGACAUUUUUAGACAGUAAGAGAACAAAGAAAUUAAUUGGUCCUGGAAUGACGUCUGCCAACGCAUCGGUUCGUUUCCCCUUGCGAUCGCUAGAAGUAGGUGUAGGUAGAAUGGAAAACUCGCGCACCAUAUUCGCGACAUAUUUUUCUCUAGAAUGGCAAUUAAAGUU